AAAAAAACAAGCCUGCUGCUGCCUCGGACAACACUCCAGCAGUCACUAGGACGUUAGAUGAAGAAGAGGGAACUACAGCGGAGCCUGAUGCCAGCAGUGUAUCGGAUGAUAACUCCUGGCCAGCCCUAUGGACUGAGAGUCAGGCUAGGGAGUUUAAAAGCCGGCAUUCUUGGUUAGAAUGGAAGGACAGAAAGUUAGGUUGUGCUAUUUGCAGCUCAACAAAAUCUACUGGCGUCUUAACAGAGAAAAGAAUUUCCAUAUCUGAGGAGUGGGCGAUGUUUAAGAUCCAGUCAUCAGGCUCAAGCAGACCAACAGCCCUGGCCUCCUUGAGAAACAAGAUCAGACGGCAUGAGAUGUCCAGGGCACACGAAAUAGCUCAGGAGCUCACUGAAAAGGGUGGACAGGAUUUACUUGGGAAUCUUGUGAGAGCUGUGUCAGACACUGUGUUAGCUGAGACAAAUGCUGUAUUCAGAACAGCAUAUUAUCUUGCCAAGAUGAACCGACCUUUCUCUGACCAUGACGAUCUCAUUGAGCUUCAGGAAAAAAACGGUGUCAACAUGGGCACAAGUCUGCACUCAAGGUUCAGUUCAACAAAAAUUGUGGAACACAUAGCAAAAAAGAUGCAGACAAAAAUAGUUGACAGCAUUGUGUCAUCUUCAAGCAAGCUGUCUGUUCUCAUUGAUGAGGUAACUUCUCUCAGCCAUAAAUCAGCCAUGAUUGUCAAUGUGAAGGCCUCUUUAGAUGGAGCUACUCCUGAAUUUGUGUUUUUUUGGACCUGGUGGAGCUGGAAAGCCAGAGGGCAGAGUCUAUAG